UUCUGCCCUACCACCAAUUGUCUUCUCUGCUCCAAGCGGGAAAUCUGUAUCGGUGUGGAGCCGCAAAACCCAGAGUUCGCCCCCUUCGAAACCCAUCCUAAGAUCUUCAAAUUCAACUGAGACAGGUGUUUGUGUAGUUUUUGAGCGAGUGAUCGUGAAGGUGAACUUGGGAGGGCAGAUUGUGGUGUAAGAUGUCAAGCAGGAAGGAAACAGUUUUGGAUUUGGCAAAGUUCAUCGACAAGGGUGUCCAGGUCAAGCUAACCGGGGGAAGACAAGUGACAGGAACUUUAAAAGGUUAUGAUCAGCUGCUAAACUUGGUGCUUGAUGAAGCGACAGAGUUUCUGAGAGAUCCUGAUGAUCCAUUGAAGACUACUGAUCAAACCAGGCAUCUUGGCCUAAUAAUAUGCAGAGGAACAGCAGUAAUGCUGGUGUCACCGACAGAUGGUACAGAUGAAAUUGCUAACCCGUUUGUCCAGCCAGAUGGAGCCUAAUUAGAAAUGGUUGAUGAUCUAAAUCUUGCAUUACCUGACUUUAGCGUUAGAAAUAUUGAUAAGGAGGAGGCACUUCAAAAGAUUGAGUAUUAUUAUCAUGCUAUGCUGACGCCUGGAUAAACACACUUAAAUACUGAUGGUCAUCCAGUUUGUUCGGAUAUAUAUAAUUUGCUUAUGUAAGCAUCCAAUAACUUGCACUUUCA